UCGAGCGUGUCUGUUUAUUUUCGUACUCAGGAUCAGCGAUAGCAGGCGUGCAAAAUGUCUGAGCCUGUCGUCGGAAAGAAGUUUUCACGAGACCUUAAAAAAGCUAAAACCUUUUUGCAAAAGGAAGAUGGAUUUCCCGCCAUCAGUUUAUAUGACCAUAUGGCAGAGAUCGUCACCAAAGUUUUGGAUGAACAGAUUGAAGACUCUGUGAAUUCCUUGGAGCAGAUCAGUCUCGAACUGAAACGUAAGAGGUUUUACCAGACCGAUACCAAUGCUUUGUUUGAGGACUUCCCCGCGUGUCCCGCGGCAGAGGAAGCUAAGACGACAGAGCAUCUGUUCGUUCCUGCCGAUAACCUUGAAGAAGAAAACAUAGAGGAGCAGGAGGAGCUGGGAACUCUGCCCCCAAAUGUGAUGGAAAACCUACACUUCUUCGAGCAAGCCGGACUGGGCCUCCCGCGUUUGGAAGCUUUCCAGAUGUAUUUGGCAAUCAAGAUGCUGAUGGCUGAGUCGCACCUGCAGCACGUUCGAUUUUGGGGCAAGAUUUUGGGCCUCAAAAAUAACUACUACGUCGUUGAAGCGGAGUUCCAAGAGGGCGAGGAGCCGGAGGAGGAGGAGGAGGUGCCGCCGGACGAGGAGGCGGGCGAGCCGCCGACCGAGGAGCACCUAGACGAGCUGGGCGAGGAGGAGGAGGCGCCGGAGCCGCCCGACCCGCGGCCCAAGUUCGUCCCGCCGCCGCGUCCUCCCGUGGAGCCGUACGGCACUGGAGCCAACAAGAAGGUGUACUUCGUAACCAACGGACCAGGCUCCAAGUGGAUCCGCCUGCCCAACGUGACACCAACCGAAAUCUUCGUGGCGAGGAGGAUCAAGAAGAUGUUCACCGGGGAGCUGGACAACCCCAUGCUGACGUAUCCACCUUUCCCAGGCACCGAGAAGAACUACCUGCGCGCGCAGAUUGCUCGCAUCACGGCCGGCACGCACAUCUCGCCCGUCGGCUUCUACCAGUUUGACGAGGAGGAGGAGGCUGAUCUCGGGGACGAGGAGAGCCCGCAGAGCUGCAUGGAAAACCCCGAGUUUGAUCCAAUUCCCGUCCGAGAGCUGGUGGCGCCAGACCUGGCGCAGUGGUGUCACCACACGCUGCACAUCCUGCCCCAGGGCCGCUGCCAGUGGUGGAACCCAUCCUCACGAGGGGACGACGAGGAGGAGGCCGAGGAGGAGGAGGAGGAGGAGGCGCACCAGGAGCCGGAAGUGGGUCCUCCUCUGCUGACCCCGCUCUCGGAGGACGCCACCAUGGACGGAAUGCCGGCCUGGGUGGUGCGCAUGUCGUCCAACCUCUCCUCUGUUCACUCCCUGGCCGUCAUCCGGUCAACGCUGUGGCCCGGCUCCGUCGCCUUCAGCGACGGCAAGCGCUUCGACAACUUCUACAUCGGCAACGGACACAAGUUCAGCUCGGCCAACUACGGCCCAGAGGCCCCGCCAGGCCGAGACCUGUGCUUUCCGCCGAGCCAGGACAUUAAACACGCCCUGGACCCGACGCCGGAGGAGGAGGCCGAGUUCCUCGCCGCUCAGCAGGGAGAGGAGGAGGAGGAGGAAGGCGAGGACGAGGAGGAGGAAGAGGAAGAGGAGGACUGAGAGUGUGGUGUUGCGUUCUGCUGCCAACUCCUUAGUGCUGUAAACAGUUCUUACGCGCUCAUCUCGGGGUUAAAAACGAGACUUAGCCGACAGAAGUGUAAACGGCUUGUUACAUUUCCCUUAAAUCGGUGUGAAACGGAAAGGUGCCCAGGGGAGACAAUGCUCCAGUACCGUUCGUUCUACAAUGAAGCUAUGAUCGGCUAUCCGACCAGUUAUUUCAAUGCCGUUAUUGGUGGCCCGCAGUCCCGUGCUGGUGUUUCAAUGGAAUGAUCACUUCAGUGGUGUCCUCAGAAGUUUUGCCUAGCUGGGUGGAACCAGGAACGCCAGGUUCGGAAAAGCAUGGAUGAGUUAUAUGUGCCUACGCUGGGCACAAAUAAACGCGACUAUUUUGCGCCGU